UUUUGAAGAAGUGGCAAAAAAAAACUAAACUAUGCCCAUAUUUUAAAUGUAAAAAUAUAGAAAUUUAGAUGAACGAGAACAAAGUAUGCAAACUGUGAUUAAAAGUCGGGUAAUACAAAGAAAUAAAAGAAAAUCAAAUUGGCAUAAUAUGUACACAUAAGCAAUAUGCGAAAGAGUGCGAAAAGCAAUGUGAUUAAUUUUACGUAGUAAAACAAUUUUACAGCCGAGCUCGUUUCUAAGUGGGAGAAGUGUGAAUGUGGCUUUUGUUUAACAUCAAUUCCACCAUAUGUACAUACAUACAUAUAUGUCCCGCCUUGCAUGUUAUUCCGUUAAACGUUUGUUUGCAAGGAACAGUAUAUGAAUUUGGGAAUCAAUUUAGAUAUCCUGAAAGUGAAUGCUAAUAAAAGUUGAAGAAAAUGUUCGAGCUGGAAGAUUACUCAAGUGGUUUCCACGAUGCAAUCCUCAAUAAAUACGCUGACACUUCGAGGCCCACUUUGGAUCUAUACAUCUCAGAUUCGUUGCAGGAUAUGCUUGAUAUUGAUAUACGCAGCGAAAUUUCGAACGUAGUAGGCGGUGGCAAUGAACUCUCAUCUAUAGUAAACGAUCUACCGCCCAAUUUCGAUAACACUGUUGAUGUCAUGGACAAUAAUAAUGGUUUGAAUAUCCAUAGUUUGCAUUCCGGCGCUCUAACAUCCUCUUCAACCAAUUUUUCUACUUGGCUGGGGAAUGGCUCAGGAACGUCAUGGUCAUCAUCGAAUGAUUACUAUGUUGAUGUGGGCGCAUGUGUGGAUCCAAUAUCCGUUAUGCCAUUUAUAUCCUCAUCAUUGCUACAUAAGUCGCCGAAAGUAAAUUUAAAUGCAAAUGUAUACUCGCCGCCACCUGCCUCGCCCAAUGUAAAUGAAACCAAAUCGCAUUUAACAUUUUCUCCUGCCCAAUUAAAAAUUAGCGCCGGUGCGAUGCGUAACGAGCAGCUUUAUUCACAUAUACCAAAGCAGAUUGUAGCGAUUUCGUCGACGGUGACCGCGGGUACUACAGCGCCGGCCACAUUGGCGACGAAUUCGGCGUUGCAGCGGAAGAACUCAACUGCAGUGGAGACCAUCAAAAAGGAUUUAGGUGUAGAGUUACGAAAAGUUACUACUGUUACUGAGGAGACAAGAGUCAGUGCCUCAUGUAGCAAUGGCGGAGGCAAUGCCAAUAAUAACUCCCAUGUAAAUGGCUCGUCGAAGAAUGCUAGUAGCGGGAACAAUAAUUUAGUCAGCAGUGGUUUGUUAAACUCAAGUGGUAUGCUGAAUAGUACGACAACGAAUACUAUCAAACUGGCACCCGGCAUUGGUGGUUUAACCUUUGCCAACAGCAUAGCCUAUAAUAAGUUAAAACAACAUUCGGCUGCGAAAAACACACAAAAUAGCCAAGUAGUCAACUCAAAUAACACAAUAAUGCAUAAGAGAGAACGUGACUCAAGUCCGUUGCAUAAUAUGAAUGUUGUAAAUCUCAACGGUAGCAUUGGCAGUGGCCAACAGCAUGUAACAAAAUUGACGGGGAGAAAUAUACAGAACUCAACUUUCACACCCAAGAGCAUCGCAUCGGUGCAUUCUCCCCUCAUGCAGAAUGGUAGCAAUUCUAUGGGUUCACCAUCAUCAUCCUCGUCGUCCUCGCACUCCUCACCGUCGACUGCUUCAACCAGUGGUAGUUUUACUGCGAGUCUCAUACCAAUAGCUGUCACCAAUGGGACAACCAAUCCAUCAUCGUCCUCUGCUAACACCACAACGAUCACAACGAUAUCUGUAAAGCCGCUACAACAACGAAUUAAAAUAGCACCAGUGGAAUCUGAGUUCCCAAAACCUGCAUAUUCUUACUCCUGUCUAAUAGCAAUGGCGUUGAAAAAUUCUAGAAGUGGAUCAUUGCCAGUUUCGGAGAUAUAUAGCUUUAUGUGUGAACAUUUUCCUUAUUUUCGUACUGCGCCGAGUGGUUGGAAGAACAGUGUACGCCAUAAUCUCUCGCUUAAUAAAUGUUUUGAAAAAAUUGAAAAGCCCGCGACAAAUAGUAAUCAACGUAAAGGUUGCCUUUGGGCCAUGAAUCCAGAACGCAUUGUUAAGAUGGACGAUGAAGUACAAAAGUGGUCACGUAAAGAUCCCAUGGGUAUACGAAAUGCAAUGGUACAUCCCGAUCAUUUAGAAGCAUUAGAGCGCGGCGAAAUGAAGCACGGCAGCUCUGGAGAUUCAGAUAUCGAAUUAGAUAGUCAAUCGGAUAUUGAAGAGGCUUCGGAUCUGGAAGAGCACGAGCUCGACGAUACCAUUGUUGAUAAUAUGUUUGUUGAAGAAGAUAUUGAAGAGGACGAUUUGUUGAGUAGUGGCAUUGUUAUAACUAGCUCCGAUGCGCUUAGUGAGUCAGCGGAUCUGAGUGGUUGUGGUGCUAGCGAGGAUGUGGAGAUGCAACAAAAUCGAGAUUUUGAUAUAGAGGUGAGUUUGCAGACACACAAAAUUGAAAGAAUGGAGAAGGUGAUGCAAAAAGUGCAUGAGCUUCAGCAGAAGGUGGAAGAUAUUUACGAUGCAAUUGAUAUCGAAGACGAUAAAGCUGCCCUGCAUACACGUUUAUCAAUCAAUCAGCCUGACAUAAUUGAGCUAAGCCCAGCCGACUUAAAUGUUGCUGCUCAAUCGCCGAAGCGUGCCCGCUUAAAUAUAAACUAUGCGAUUGGGCCUGCUGGAGAGGUGGAGAAGCAAAUUAAACAACAAAAACUAUUACAACAGCAACAACAGCUAGUUCUCCAAAAACAUCAACAUCAACAUCAACAAAAGCAAACUCAGCAACAGCAGCAGCAGCAGCAACAACAAAUUCAGCACAGCAUAAAACAGUAUAAAGUGCAGCCACAGCAUAUUGUUGUGCAAACGAUAACAAAUGGCAGCAAUACAACCUCAAUACAGGCGAUUAAUACAGCGACAGGCACUACCAUUGGCAGUGUAAGUGGUGCCCUCUCUACUUUGGGCGCAACUCAGUUAAAUGGCUCAAUAUCGAAUAAUCGUCGCAAAAUACAAUUAGUCAAUCGCAUUGUUUAAAUAUUAUUUUAAACAAACCAAAUUACACAAAGAGCCACUCAGGCAAUUGUUCCUAAAGAACAGGUCUUACAUAGUGAGAAGAA